AUGAUCAUAGGAUUUACCACUCUUGGAAAAGGGAAUGACGCCGUUUGCGAAUUUAAAAGCUCUGAAUUUCUGAACAUACCCACCAGUCCUGAACGAUUUUUCUGGUGUGGCGGUGCGAUUAACUUGCAACACCUCUUUGAGAUUAAAUACGCGACGCGCUAA